AUGUCUCGCCCGCAGGUCAGCAUCGACCGCCUGACGCCGCGCCGUGCGACGGUCGAACCGCGUGAGGCGAUGAACUGCAAGUCUUGCCGCAAAAGAAAGGUCCGGUCGCGACGCGAGCUCGCCCAGAUCGAUCUCGCUCGUCGGACUUUCCCGCCCGACCACUCGCCGAUCCCGCCUGACCCUAAACCCUCGUCCGCUGCCCCAGACGCAAUCCCCAAAAAGCGGGGCCCCAAGACCGACGUCCUCGAGGCGCUCCUCAAGCGCGUCGACGGCCUCGAAAAGAGACUCCAGGACGAGAAAAAUCCGAUCUCGCCCACCUCCCCGGACAAGCAGCCCGACGAUCUCCUGCUCGGACAGGCGCAGAAUGCCCGUCGCAAUACCGUAGAUGCGUCCUCGUUUAAUGCAUAUACUGCCGCCGAUUCACGCCCGGUGCUGUCCACCCCGCUGUCGCAGAAUGCGGAGUCAUUCCCUCGGCCAGCCAGGCAUGGCCCCUCGCCUAGCGUGCCACAGCAGCCUGCACCGCAGAAUGGGGUUUUAUCGCAAGUCCUGCUCGAUACGUACUUUGGGCGAUUGCACGGCAAGCCGUUUUAUAUUCUGGAUGAACCGAGCACACGACAGCGCCAUCAACUGAACCAAUUACCGAUGCAUCUGUCUAUGGCAAUAUCGGCCAUAACGCUUAGGUACACACAUGUUGGUCAGCCUGAGCAAUCCUUGCGAUUGGGCCUGGAUGUGGCUUUGCAAGCGCGACGGAUGAUCGAUGUGGACAGCCCCACGAUAGAGAGCUUACAGGCCUUAUUGUUUCUCUCACAAGCUUUUUUCGCCUAUGGAUUGGGCAAAAAGGCCUAUAUGACAUUCUCAAAUUGUGCGGCCAUGGUGGUGGCACUUGACCUGCUGCGUGAAGUGCCAUCCAAAGUGAACAUGACCCCUCCCGAGCGCGAAUUGAGGCGCCGGCUCUUCUGGUCUGUGUAUCUCAUGGACCGUUUCGUUGCCUGCGGAUCCCGGCGCCCCUGCCUCAUCGCCGACCACUCUAUCGUGUUGCGACUUCCCUCGUGGUCGCCCCAUGCCGCCGGUCUCAACAUGAAAGGCGAGCUCUUCCACGUCGGCCCCAACAUCCACUACUCAGCCGAUUCGCGCCGCAAAACGCCCAGCACAGCCUCUCUCUUGAUCGAUAUCACACGCAUCUUGGGGGUCACGAAUCGGUACCUGGCCGCCGGUGGUGUCAAGGGAGACUCGCAUUUCCCUUGGCAUGCGCUCUCCAGUCUCUCGAAAAUCCGACAGGAGCUCGAUAUCUGGGCCGCGGGGACCCAAGACGUCUUUGCAUCGAUCGAGGUAUUGUUCGGACAUCCGGAGAGCACGACGCUGCUUCUGAGUAAAUUGAUCUACCACUUAGUGCACUGCCUUAUAUACCGCCCCUUCUUGCCCAUUGAUCUCGUGGAGCUGAGAGGCACGGGGCAGCAUCAGUCCUGGCAGAUUGAGGCCACCAACCUGUGCUUCUCGCACUCCAACGCCAUUGCAGAGCUGGUCGAGCUGGGCCGUAACUCCCCGCUGGUGGAGUGGCCCGCUUUCGUUGGCUAUUGCGUGUGCACGGCUGGGACUGUGCAUGUCCACGGCGUACACUACAAAGGUCGCGAAGGGGAGGUCUUUUCGUCGAGCGCGGAAUUCCUCACCCGCGAGAUGCACCAGCUGGCCUGGUUGCGCAAUUGCUGGGCCGGUGUGCAGCAUCAGCGGGACCUCCUUCAGACGAUUUAUACCUGCCAUGCUGAACUGGUGCGCAAUCUAGCCAGUAGCCCGAUGCGCUUCUCGCCGGUCUUCCACCUGGAGGAUUUCUUGGAUAGGUACCCGGGUCUCACGGCGGAUGGCGCACACGUCCGCUUAGUUGAUACAGGGGAUGAAUUGGUCGCGAGUUCCACAAACUACGUCGAUCGACAAGAUCACUACUACCAGCGCCCCAUGGGACCACGCUCAUACCAGCCUCCAACCCCAUUAUAUUCCAACCCGCGCCCAACACCGCCCCUCCCCUCCUCACACACCCCCGACUUCGACCGCCGCAACUCCCACCCCCCGUCUCUCCCCAACAACAACAACAACAACAACAACAACAACAACAACAACAACAACAACAACAACAACAACAACAACAACAACAACAACACCAAGCAGCAGCAGCACACCACGCCGCUCUCUCCAGCCCUCCAAUUCCACCAACCCAUCCACCCCGCACAAUCCUCGUCCUCCGUGUCAUCAAUGUUCCCCGUCCAAAGCGCCUCCGAACAACUCGCCUCCCAAAUCCAACCACAGCCACAGCCCCACACCCCUCACUCUGAAACAAACCACCUCUCCCUCCCCAGCGCCUUCUCCCCCGGCGCUUUCGGCCUGUCCCCGCCCGUCUUUCUCACCGACCCAUCCCUCGGCAUCGCCCCCACGCCCCCCUCAAACCCGCAAUAUGCAACCUUUCCCUUCGACACCGCCGUCCAGUCCACUGCGGCCCUGACGCCCGGCGCGCAGUCGCAGACCAGCGGCUCGCACACGGCCAGCAGCGAGACGGGCAAUCUGGAGAAGGACCCCUUCUUAAGUUUGCUGGAGCAGCUUGCUGAGAACGAGCAUUCGCAUGGCGGGCCUAGUGAACUGGACUUCUUUUUGGCCGGUGCGGAGGGGGAGGCUGAAGUUAGGGCUGGGGCGGAGAAAGGUGCAGGCGCGGAGUUGUAG